AGAAUUGAGACAAACGCAAUUGCAGAACUGCUCGGUGAAGGCGUACGUGUUUAAACAAAACGAUCAAGGAGAAGUGAUAACAGAAAGUUUACGACUGCAGAAUCCGGAUGAUUCGCUGCCCUUGCAAAACCUCUGGCUAGCACUACCGAAUGUAAUCGUGCAUCGCAUUGACGCGUUCUCACCCUUUCUGCCAGUCUUGGAUCGCGACGCUUUGGGAGGUGGGAUCCAUUCUGCUCCGACGAGUUUGGUACAAAUGAAGGAUAUGCAUAUGCAUACAGGAGGAGGCUUACAACCUCUAGACAGCAAGUUUAACAACAUUCCCUUCUUGUUGUCUCAACAACAACAAUACAUGCACAUGCAUGUUGACACGAAUUUUAGAGGGCAAAAUUUCCACCGACAGCAUGGCCAUGGGGGAGCAGGUGGGCUACUUCGGCACCGAGUUCUCUCCGUCAUUCCUGAAGCAAGUGCUGAG